CCGCGCCCUCCGGCCUGGCGGGCCGCCUGCUCGGGCUCCGAGGGCCCGCGGCUCGGCGGGGGCAUGGGGUGGGCGGCGUACGGGCUGCUGUGGCUGCUGCUGGGCAGCGCCGGGGCGCAGUACGAGAAGUACAGCUUCCGAGGCUUCCCACCCGAGGACCUGAUGCCGCUAGCCGCGGCCUACGGGCACGCGCUGGAGCAAUACGAGGGCGAGAGCUGGCGCGAGAGCGCGCGCUACCUGGAGGCGGCGCUGCGGCUGCACAGGCUGCUGCGGGACAGCGAGGCCUUCUGCCACGCCAACUGCAGCGGCCCCGCGCCGCCCCAGGCCUCGCACCCCGCGCCCAGCCCCGACGCCGGCCGCGGAGACGAGUGGGCCCGCGAGUUGCGGCUCUUCGGCCACGUCCUGGAGCGCGCCGCCUGCCUGCGGCGCUGCAAGCGGACGCUGCCCGCCUUCCAGGUGCCCUACCCGCCGCGACAGCUGCUGCGCGACUUCCAGAGUCGCCUGCCCUACCAGUAUCUGCACUACGCGCUCUUCAAGGCUAACCGGCUGGAGAAGGCAGUGUCCGCGGCCUACACCUUCCUCCAGCGGAAUCCGAAGCACGAGCUAACCGCCAAAUAUCUCAACUACUACCGGGGGCUGCUCGAUGCAGCGGAGGAGCCCCUCACGGACCUGGAGGCUCAGCCUUACGAGGCCGUGUUCCUCCGGGCUGUGAAACUCUACAAUAGCGGAGACUUCCGUAGUAGCAUCGAGGACAUGGAGCGCGCCCUAGCCGAGUACCUGGCCGUUUUUGCCAGGUGUCUGGCUGGCUGUGAGGGGGCCCAUGAACAGGUGGACUUUAAGGACUUCUACCCAGCCAUUGCAGAUCUCUUUGCAGAAUCCCUACAAUGCAAGGUGGACUGUGAGGCCAAUCUGACCCCCAACGUGGGCGGCUACUUCGUGGAAAAGUUCGUGGCCACCAUGUACCACUAUCUGCAGUUUGCUUACUAUAAGUUGAAUGACGUGCGCCAGGCUGCCCACAGCGCUGCCAGCUAUAUGCUCUUCGACCCUGAAGACAGUGUCAUGCAGCAGAACCUGGUGUAUUACCGUUUCCACCGGGCACGCUGGGGGCUGGAGGAGGAGGACUUCCAGCCUCGGGAGGAGGCCGUGCUCUACCACAACCAGACUGCUGAGCUGCAGGAGCUACUGGAGUUUGCGCACAUGUAUCUGCAGUCAGAUGAUGAGAUGGAGCUGGAGGAAGCAGAAUCACCCAGGGAGCCUGAGGACCCCCCAUCCGAUACCGAGUUUGAGGGGGAGGGGGACUAUGAGGAGGCUAUCUAUGCUGACUGGUGGCAGGAGCCAGAUGCCAAGGGCGAUGAGGCUGAGGCCGAGCUAGAACCUGAGCUGGUGUGAGAAGGGGUCCAACCUGCACCACUCAAGAGCUUGGGAAGCUGGGGCCCAACGGUGCUAGCCCUCCUCCAGCCUGGGCAGCAGCAGGAACUAUUUAUUUUUAAA